AGUAUCAAAAACCCUAACCUCUAGCACGAACGAUUUAGUGAAUCACUAAGCUCCUUAAGCCUUCACUAUCCCCUAACAGAGACAUCGGUGAAUGACGGUGAGGAACGGCAGCGACGCCCGGAGGUGAUUCCCGACGGUGAUGCCGAUUUUGGUAAUCAACUAUUUUUUUUCUGCAUCUCCUAUAACAUCAUUCUUACAAUAGCAAAUGAUCACGAGGAGUUGUGGAUACAAAACAGAGUUUUGGCAGGCUUGAGAGAGAGAGAUGUCGAGUGGGUUUCUGAGGAGGACGGAGAUAGAGGGGAGAGGGAGAGGUCUGGUGACGUCUCAGCCACUGAAGGCUGGCGAAAUUGUUCUCAGGGACUCUCCCAUCCUCCUCUACUCUGCUCUUCCUUUGAUCAAUCAAUCCUCCGUCUAUUGUUCCAACUGUUUUAGAACCUUAUCCUCUUCUUCUUCUUCUUCUUCUUCUUCGUCUUGUUCCCAUCACCAUGUAUUCUGCAGCCAAAACUGUCUCUCUGCUGCACUCGCAUCAUCCCACUCUCCUUGGCUAUGCCAAGCCCUUUCUCGCCUCCGAGAUUGCGCCCCUCUUUUACUUGAACAACCUGUGGAACAACAAGUCCAGGCCCGUUUCCUCGUGGCCGCGUACCAUCUUGCCCUUUACUCCCCUUCCCAAUUUCAGAUUCUGCUCUCUCUCGAAGGCGCCCCUGACGCCACUGAUACUGCCACUGCCCAGUUAUUGCAUUCCCUAAUCUCCUCCCUCUGCCCUCCUCCUUCUACUCUUCCAGUUCCGUUCUCGUUAGAGCUCACUGCUGCUCUGCUUGCCAAGGACAAGCUCAAUGCCUUUGGCCUUAUGGAGCCUUGUUCCUCCCAUAAUUCUGGCCAGCGUUCUGUUCGAGCUUAUGGUAUCUACCCGAAUGCCUCUUUCUUCAACCAUGACUGCCUUCCUAAUGCUUGCCGUUUUGAUUACGUUGACACUGCUCCUGACCACAACACUGACAUUGUUGUUCGUAUGAUUCAUGAUGUUCCGCAAGGCAGGGAGAUAUGCUUAAGCUAUUUCCCUGUGAAUGAGAAUUAUGCCAGCAGGCAGAGAAGGUUGAUGGAGGACUAUGGCUUCACCUGUCAUUGCGACCGCUGCAAUGUUGAAGCCAAUUGGUCUGAUCAUGAAAAUGAUAAUGAUGAUGAUGAAGAUCUUGUCCAGGAAGAGGAGGAGGAGGAGGAGGAGGAGGAGGAAAUGAUGGAUGAGGACAACCAUGAUCAAAUGGAAUCCUCUAAAGGACAAGGGGAUACCGAUUUCCCUCAUGCCUAUUUCUUUAUUAGAUAUAUGUGUGAUAGAGAGAAUUGCUGGGGCACACUAGCUCCUUUGCCCCCCAAGGAUGAUGGUACUGCCUCUAACAUUAUGGAAUGUAAUGUAUGUGGCAACCUCAAGGAUGACCAAAUGACUGAUGCUAGUGGAGUAGAAGACGAGCAUUCCAUGGAUGAUUGAGCUAUGUUACCUGUCUUUGUUAGCAUUACUGUCUUCUAAUAUCUGAACCUUUUCGUAUCACAUCUUUUUUCUUUCAAUUUUUCUUGCUUUUCCCUCACUUUGAAAUCACUUUUUCUUUCAAUUACUAUGAUGUUAUUCCAGUUUUUCAUGACUUGUAAAAUGAAUUGCGGCUCUAAGUGGUUCUUGCUAAUA